AUGACAUUGCAUCCUUCACCCAUCACUUGUGAGUGUCUACUUUUCACAGCUCUCAUUUCUCCAAAAAGGAUUUUGAGCCACAUGGAGAACAUGCCUUUAAGCUACCCAGGUCCCCAGGGAGCACAGAGAUGGUCCUAUAAGCGAUGGCUCCUCUGCUCAGCAAUACUUCUGACGGUUUGCUCUUUCAGUGCACUAAUCCUUCCUUUUCUCCCACUCAAGGCUGCUACAGACUUCUGCCAGGCCAAGUUUGGACCAUUACCCUCAAAAUGGCAAAUGGCACCUCCUGAACCUUCUUGCAUGAAUAAGACAUCUGACUGGAAGCUGACAAUCCUUAAGAAUGGCUUGUAUUUGAUUUAUGGACAAGUGGUUUUUGAUACAACUUACAAAGGAGUUGCUCCUUUUGAGGUGCAGCUACGUAAAAACAAGGAUGCCGUACAGACUCUAACAAACAACUUUAAAAUCCAGACUGUAGGAGGGACUUAUGAACUGCACACUGGAGACACAAUAGGUUUGAUAUUUAACAGUGAAGACCAGAUUCUAAAAAGUAACACCUACUGGGGGAUCGUCUUAGUAGCCAACCUUCAGUUCAACUCCUAGAAAUUUGAUUUGGUUUCCUCACCCUAUCUGGCAUAUGCAGAGACGGUGGGCGGUUGGAGGGGACAGAUCUUCAGUGCCUGUCGUUUGUCAGGGUAUACAAAUCAAAACAAACUCCUCUACAUGUGAGAUUUUUUUUUUUUUCUCUCAUGCUCAUCUGAAAGUGACUCAAAAAAAGGGCCAUAGGUUUUUGGUUACCCAUGACACUGGGUCUUCAAAGAUACUUCAAUAAUCCAUGACAAAAUGAAUACAGGUGGCACAGGACAGAAACCCUGAAAGAGAUGUUUUUUUUUUUUUCAAUCCUUGAAUCCCUAGGUGGAAAAAUGAGGUCCUAUUUCCAUGGGAAUCUUAUCUGGUUUGCUAAAAGGGUGUAGGGUCAUGGCCUGUUCUCAUUUUCUUGAUCUGCUUUAUCAUUCUUCCCCUACAUCCAUCUCUGAGAGUCUCCCAAUAGAAAGUAGGCAGGUUGGUGGGUUGGCAACAGUUGUAGCAAGAACACCCUACUAUAGAUGCAGUGUUUCUAGAAGUUACAGAACACUCUUGAGACUACUGGGACUAUACAGGUGCAUGAAAUGGAUAGUACUGUUUAUGGGAAUUUCCCUUUGUUUCAUCAUACUCAGAAUACAGGGUUCUUUACAAAACCAAUUGGUCAAGGAGGUCUUUCUGAACCUUCACCUAGAGCUUCAAUGUUUAUGUGUCUAAAUAAUGUCAAUUGUAAAUUAAGACUCACCAUUAGAAGACUCACCGUUAGUAAUCAAUAGAUUUAAUACCAGAAAUUGGUAUUUCUGUUGUUAUAUUAUGUUAAGUAUGAUUUCAUAUUUUGAGCUAGUUUUCCUCAGUUUGCAAAAUGCUUUCAUAUACCACAUGACAACUCUAUGAAGUUAAUGGAGCAAGUAUUUUUGGCAAAAUUUUAACAGAAUGUAGAAGCAGAUGCAACCUAGGUAUCCUGCCUUGACUCAACUAGAGAUGAAUUACUUGGGCUUUUCACUGUAACAGAUGUUUUAGCUUCAGAACUCAAACAGUGUGAAACAGUGGAAAAAAUUUUCUAAAAAUAAAACUUUCUAAAAAAAAAUUUUAGAUUCUAUUAAAGCUUACUGCUUAUAGGUUCUUGUCAAAAGAUAUGUAACACUGCAUUUUAAGACAAUUUAAAUAUUUAUGGAUAUUUGUGAAAAGCUAAAUUCUGCUAUCACAUUAUACAUCUAUAAAAAUAAUUUUCAGAAGAUAUUUUCCCUUCAGCACGGGGUAAAGUGAAGCUUCCAUGGACCUCUCUUUUACCAGCAAACUGACUCCCUUCCUUGCCUGGAGCAGGGAAUCCUGUGGUUCUGCUUGGGGCUCACUCCCUCCAAGUUCACCUCCUUCCUUCAAAGAGUCCAUGUCGGUCAAAUGUGCUAACUUCUAAAAAUAAUAAAUAGCACUCAAUUUAAAAUUUUUAAACUCUGUAAAAGUUUGCUGCUUUUAUAAGUC